AUGGAUUUAAUGUUAUUGUUGAUUAUUGGUGCCUUUGUUGGAGCUGCCUUUUUUAUCUAUCGAAUGUAUACGAGCCAGAAAACCACUAAAAAAGCAUCGGGUGAAGAGUAUGACACAUCAUCAUCGUCCGACUCAGAUAGUGAACCUGAAGAAGAAAUUGUGCAAAGAGAAUUUACUUUGGAAGAACUUAGUAAAUAUGACGGAAUUAAUAACCCAGAGAAGAAAAUUUAUGUCAGUGUUUGCGGAAAGAUAUUUGAUGUCACUGGUGCUGGUUUCUAUGGACCUAAUGAAACCUAUGAUAUGUUUGCUGGACACGAAAGCUCUGUGGCAUUGGCGAAAAAUGAACUUAAACCAUCGCUUUUGGAUGAUAUGGACCUCUCCAAAUUGAAUACCUUCGAAAGAGAUCAAUUGAACUCGAUGUUUUCUCACUUUGAAUUCAAGUACCGAGUUGUUGGAUGGUUGAAGGAGUUUGAAGAAGCUAACAAGAAGGAUAAAUAA